AUGGUGUACAUCCGCCGGCAUCAACUUCCCAACCUACGGGAAUACCGUUACGCAGGAGUCGACUAUUCUUUAAUAAGCCGCUAUAUUCUGAAGCCCUUCUAUAAUAAUUUGGUGAUCAAAUGUUUCCCUAUGAGCAUGGCUCCUAAUGCCAUUACCCUGACAGGGUUUUUCUUCGUGGUAGUCAAUUUCUUGACCAUCUUAUGGUACAACCCAAACCUAGAUCAAGAUUGCCCGCCUUGGGUCUACGCCAGUUGCGCCGUGGGGUUGUUCCUAUAUCAGACUUUUGAUGGCGUAGACGGCAUACAAGCUCGAAGAACUAAGCAGAGCGGUCCUCUUGGUGAGCUAUUCGACCAUAGUGUCGAUGCAUGCAACACAGCUCUUGGGGUUUUGAUCUUCGCUGCAGCGAUGAAUCUCGGCCAGUCCUGGGCCACAAUUAUAACGCUCUUUGGAUCCACAAUGACGUUUUAUGUCCAGACUUGGGAUGAAUAUUAUACACAGGUACUGACCUUGGGCAUUAUUUCAGGGCCUGUUGAAGGGGUCCUGACUUUGUGCACUGUCUUUGCCUUUACAGCCUACAUGGGCGGUGGCAGCUUUUGGCACCGUCCAAUGCUCGAAACUAUUGGCGUCCCACAAUUGGGUUUUAUUCCGGAGCAGGUGUAUAAUAUGCCCUUUACGCAGUGGUACCUGGUUUACGGUGCCUUCGUCCUCUUCUUUGCUACGGGCUCAAGUAUUGUACAUGUCAUGAAAGUCCGAAGUGAGCGUGGCCAAGACCCCAUCAAGCCACUCUAUGGCCUUUUGCCUCUUGUUGCAAUCUGGACACUUGUGCCGGCUUACUUGUAUCUCCAGCCAGUCAUUUUGGAGAACCACACUGUUCCGUUCGCUCUCUUCGUCGGCUUAGUCAAUGCGUACGCCGUCGGAAGAAUGAUCUGUGCACACCUGGUGAAAUCCAGCUUCCCCUACUUUAAUGUACUUGCUUGCCCUCUCGCUUUGGGUGUUCUGGAUAGCGUCGGAUUUUGGCCAAGUGCUCUUGGAAAUGCAUCUGGACAGGUUGCUUUCAUUUUUACAUGUUUGGGUCUGUCGGUUGGUGUUUAUGGCAGCUUUAUUCAUGAUAUCAUCACAACGAUAUGUGACUAUAUUGAUAUCUGGUGUCUCAGCAUCAAGCACCCAUAUAUCGAAGAUGCUAAGGCCGUUAAUGGACAAGCUGAGGAAAGCUCCAAGAAAGCACGGUAA